GAAUGGAACUUUUUCCGGUUGGAGACGUGGCUCUGCUUUUUUGUACCGCUGCAAGUCUGACUGCUCGAACCGCACAAGAAAUAAACAAAGACCUUUUAUUUACGUUUUAUUAACCAGGCGUUUAUUGUUUUUACUGAAGCUAUUGGGUACCUUGACUGCUGAAUUAAGCGCCUUAAGACGGAUCCAAAAUGGUGCUCUUGGCAGCUGCAGUAUGCACCAAGUCAGGAAAAGCCAUAGUGUCACGGCAGUUUGUGGAGAUGACACGCACUCGCAUCGAGGGUCUCCUGGCUGCCUUUCCUAAACUGAUGACAACGGGAAAGCAGCACACCUUUGUAGAGACAGACAGCGUGCGCUACGUCUACCAACCAUUAGAGAAGCUUUACAUGGUUCUCGUCACCACAAAGAACAGCAACAUCCUGGAGGACUUGGAGACGCUGCGGCUCUUCUCUCGUGUGAUCCCUGAGUACUGCCGUGUGCUGGAGGAGAGUGAGAUCUCUGAACACUGCUUCGAUCUUAUAUUUGCUUUUGAUGAAAUUGUUGCUUUGGGCUACAGGGAAAACGUUAACCUGGCCCAGAUCCGAACCUUCACUGAAAUGGACUCACACGAGGAGAAGGUCUUCCGUGCAGUCAGAGAGACCCAAGAACGAGAAGCGAACGCAGAGAUGAGGCGGAAGGCUAAAGAGCUGCAGCAGGCAAGACGGGAUGCAGAGCGUGCUGGCAAAAAGGCACCAGGUUUUGGGGGCUUUGGAAGUUCAGCAAUGAGCAGCUCGGCUACCAUCAUCACAGACUCGGUGAUGGAACCAGAGAAGCCUAAAUCAGUUCCUGUAUCAGUUAGAACAAGUGGUCCUAGUAAAGCACUGAAGCUGGGUGCCAAAGGAAAGGAGAUUGACAAUUUUGUAGACAAACUCAAGUCGGAGGGAGAAAAUAUUAUCAUGCCAAGUGCUGGAAAGAAAGCUUCAGAUGUAUCUAAAGUUCUCCAGCCUCCAGUGAACACAGAAUGCGUUCAUCUGAAGAUAGAAGAGAAGAUAUCUCUGACCUGUGGACGGGACGGUGGGCUGCAGAACAUGGAGAUCUUGGGAAUAAUCACGCUGAGAGUCUCGGAUGACAAAUACAGCCGCAUCCGCUUGCAAAUUAACAACAAUGACAAGAAAGGCGUGCAACUGCAGACCCAUCCUAAUGUAGAUAAGAAGCUGUUCACUGCUGACUCUGUGAUUGGACUGAAAAACCCAGAGAAGUCUUUUCCCCUCAACAACGAUGUGGGUGUCCUGAAGUGGAGGCUACAGACCACAGAUGAGUCCCUCAUUCCUUUAACCAUAAACUGUUGGCCUUCAGAAAGUGGCAGCAGCUGCGAUGUCAACAUUGAGUAUGAGCUCCAGGAGGAGGGCCUCGAACUCAACGAUUUAGUCAUCACCAUCCCAGUGCCGGCAGGAGUUGGUGCCCCUGUUGUUGGAGAUCUCGAUGGUGAGUAUCGCCAUGACAGCAGGAAAAACAUCCUUGAAUGGUCUCUGCCUGUCAUUGAUGAAAACAACAAGACCGGAAGUAUGGAGUUCAGCAUAGCCGGGAGACCAAACGACUUCUUCCCAUUGAACGUCUCAUUUGUGUCUAAACGCAACUAUUCCAACAUUCUGGUGGCCAAAGUGACCCAUGUAGACGGGGACAGCCCGGUGAAAUUCUCCACCGAGACUUCCUUUGUUGUCGACAAGUAUGAGAUACUCUAAAGACUUUUAAAGCGAAAUGUUUCUAGCCUGCCUGCCUACCUGUGUAACAGUUCGGACACAGUACAACCAGAAUGUCCAAGUCUCUCCCAGUGGCGUGCAGCAUUUGUGUAUUUGUUUGUAUGGCAAAGGAAGUUAUAUAUGUUUAUAUAAAAUGAAUCUAAGAGGUAAACGAACCACAUCGUAACA